ACAUUGAGUUAGUCAUUUGAUAGUACAUGUCAGAAAAUACCCAUAAUGAUCCAUGCAUGUUUUACAGUUGCGAAACCAAAGAUGCCCUUUGAAAAAGGUUUUUCAUAGGCCAUCUUUAACAUCACUUGCACAUCACUGCAAAAUCUUUCCAAUCCCUCCCAGAAAUGGUUAACUGUCUGUGAGCAUAUGAUACAGCAGUCAGCAGCCAGCCAAACAAUAUUGUGCAAUUUCUCCAUAGCAUACUACCUCUGUUAGGCUACUACCCAUGCAUAGUCGGCUAUUGCAUACAGUGACUGUCUCUGGGGAAUAUAUUUUUAAUCUCCUAGAUGUAAUGAAUGAGAAAGACCCCCAGACGGAGCAGCUCUCGGGGUGUGUAGGUGGUGUGUGUGUGUGUGUGUAAUGGUGGGGGGUUGGAGGUGACCCUAUGGAUAAAAACCUCGUGAUGUAUCUCCCUCUCUCAUUCUCUGUCACACACACACUUUCUGCCUCACACAAACACAGAGACACACACAGGAGGCGGUUCUCUCCAGUCCCUCUCCAUCAGAAACAACUGACAGCCAAGCAGGCUAGUUGCAUCCUCUGGUAGCUAUAGCAGCAGCGCAGGCAGCUACUAGCCUCCUCUACUGUCUGCUGCAUCUGUCAGCUGGCUGCCCGGUACGUGGAGCCUUUUGUGUCUCCCGAGAGUCCCAAAUCCCAUUGUGCUCUCUAUUGCGGAGGCUAAAGGAAACAACCAACAGUCACAUCAAUGGACAUGAUGGGGAAGAAAGAACGCAGGGGCUGGGACUUCAAAGGCUUGCUGAAGAGGAACUGGCUGCUUAUUGCGACCAUUGUGUCGGUGGUGUUAGGGAUAGGUCUUGGGGUGGUGGUCAGGGAAUAUGCCUCCCUCUCCCACCUCCAUAAGCAGUAUUUUGGCUUCCCGGGUGAGAUCCUGAUGCGGAUGCUCAAGCUGGUCAUCCUACCCCUCAUCAUCUCCAGCAUGAUAACAGGAGUCGCCGCCCUGGAUUCGGAAGUUUCUGGAAAGAUAGGUCUGAGGGCUGUGGUAUAUUACUUCUCCACCACCAUCAUCGCAGUCAUUCUGGGUAUUGUGUUGGUGAUGGCCAUCAAACCUGGUGUCUCUCAGGAGGCAGAACAUAUCGACAGGACAGGGACCACACCAAACGUCACCACCGUCGACACUCUACUGGAUCUUGUCAGAAACAUGUUUCCUGAAAACCUACUGCAGGCUUGUUUCCAACAGUACAAGACAAAGCGCAAAGAGCUGGAACCACCUAAAGUGAAGGGGAACACUACAACGUUCCCUCCUCUCUCUACCACUGUCAUGGCAACCAUUUUCCCCUCAGAGAACAUCACCAAGGACUAUAAGAUAGUCGGUUCAUAUUCUGAUGGGAUCAACGUGCUGGGCCUCAUCGUGUUCUGUGUGGCGUUCGGCCUUGUCAUCGGCAAGAUGGGCGAAAGGGGGCGUAUCCUGCUGGAGUUCUUUGACGCUUUAAACGAGGCCACCAUGAGGCUAGUCCAGAUUAUCAUGUGCUACAUGCCAGUGGGGAUACUCUUCCUGAUCGCUGCCAAGAUCAUCGAGGUAGAAGACUGGGAGAUCUUCAGAAAGAUGGGCCUGUACAUGGUGACAGUGCUGAGUGGCCUAGCUAUCCACUCCACCAUUUGUCUGCCGCUGAUCUACUUUGCCAUUGUGAGGAAGAACCCAUAUACCUUUACCUUAGGGAUGGCCCAGGCAAUGGUCACUGCUCUCAUGAUCUCUUCCAGCUCUGCCACCCUGCCGGUCACCUUCCGCUGUGCCGAAGAGAACCUCAGGAUCGACAAGAGGAUCACCCGCUUCGUGCUGCCUGUGGGCGCCACUAUCAACAUGGAUGGCACGGCUCUCUACGAGGCGGUUGCUGCCAUCUUCAUUGCCCAGCUCAACGACUACGCUCUGGAUGUGGGUCAGAUUGUCACCAUCAGUAUAACAGCAACUGUAGCCAGCAUCGGAGCUGCCGGUGUACCUAACGCUGGCCUUGUUACCAUGGUGAUUGUGCUGACUGCCGUUGGACUACCAGCAAAUGAUGUCACUUUAAUUGUUGCUGUGGAUUGGCUACUAGACCGCUUCCGCACCAUGAUCAAUGUGCUGGGGGAUGCCUACGGAGCUGGCAUCGUCCAGAAGCUGUCCAGGCGGGAGCUGGAGAGGAUGGACGUCACCUCGGAUGUGGACGUGACCAACCCCUUCGUCCUGGAGACCACGCUGGACGACGAGGAGUGCGAGAAAAAGUCCUAUGUCAAUGGCGGCUUCACCAUCGACAAGACCGACGCCAUCUCCUUCACCGAGACUUCCCAGUUUUAGGAGGAAAGGAAGGAGGGCGGGGAGCAAAGAAGUGCCAUUGCUGCUAGAUGUUAGCCUGGUUCUAGAUCCGUUUGUGCUGUUUUGCCAACUCCUAUGGUCAUUGGCGUGACAAUUACUAUUGGAGUUUGCAAGACAACACAAACAGACCUGGUACCAGGCUAGUCUGUUUGUGAUUUAGCCAACUCCUCUCUAUGUUCGUUCAUUGCCAUGUAUACAGUGUAGUACUGCUUGACAAGGAUAGAAGAGUUGGCUAUAGCCAGUGGUGAAAGUAGAUGUAAUUUCUUCCCGGUACGGGACCUCCUAUGUGUGCAUGCGCUUAAUCAUAAAAUUGCAUAUAGAAUCCCUAUUAAUUCAAUAGGAUCUCUGUGGGCUUAGUCUUAAAAAUUUGUAUAUAUAUAUUUUUAUGUAUUACCUUUUCUUGUGGCAUAAACACAACCAAUCUGACUGUCCAACAAUCACAUCAAAAGGGCUCCUUUAGCCUACCCGUGCAUGUUCUUCUACUCAAAAUAUAUUUCCAGCCUCCAAACGGUGGUGAAUGGUCUUUUACACAAAACACCACAAAGUGUAAUGACAUUUUAGCGAUUGUCAUUAGACCAGAAUUUAUGCACCCAAUGCUGUCCGUUAGCGUCUCGGUGUUGGCCACUCAUCUCUGCCUUGGCAAAAUGUCAGUGUUUUCAUCGAACCAACGCAUUUUGGAGCAUAGGCUAUACCACCCGUUCAAGUCCAUUCGCUCAUUUUCAAUGCCUCUGACAUGCGGUAGCCUAAUGAUAACUAAUGGUGUAAUGGUUCUUGACAUUUUGUUUUAAAUAUUGUGAUUGUCUCAUGUUUUACCAGUAUGGCAUACCCCCCCUAUUUUCCCGGGACGCCAUACCGGACCGUCUUACUUUCACCCCUGGCUAUAGCACAUACAGUAUGCGAGCAGACUUGGUAGAAAUGUGAGGGGGGUUCGAAGCCAUUCAUAAAACCAGUGCUUGUAAAAGGGAGAAAAAACAUGACAUCUGACACUUUCAAGCUCGAACAUUAGCAACAUUAGCCACCAUGUGUUUUCUCUCGAUGCUCUUUCCAACACUCUUUCCAGCCUGCUUUUUAACCACGAGCGGAAAUCCACAGCAGCCCUUAAAAUGAGCUGGUCUAUGUCUGGGCUAUGUCUGGGUUAUGUCUGGGUUAUGUCUGGGCUAUGUCACCCUAUUCUCUAAAUAAGCCCUGGUCAAAAGUGGUGCACUAUGCAGGGAAUAAGUUGCCCUUUCGGACGGACCCAUGCUCUCCUUUACUAAAAGCGCUUCCAUCGUUAUGUUGACAUAAUGAAAACAGUCACUUUUGAAUGAAUCAAUACUUUUGUUAUUGUUUUUACAUAAAGGGAACUAGGAUAUGGGGACUACAAGAGGAGUCAGAGCUUUUGAAAUGCAUACCUCCACCGUGUGUGUGCAGGUAUGUGUUCUGGAGGUCUAUUGUCUGUCUGUCUUUGUGUCUUUGAGAAAACUUAAAUAAUAUAUCGCCGGGCUGAGCUGUGUAAAUGUAUUGCAAAAAAGAGCAUGGAAGAAGAAAUACAACUAUAUUCCAGACGUUCAAUAUACUGUGUAUUGCAAAGAUUCAAACAGACUUUCAAAAACUACAGUGUUCCGCUUUGUUUGCCCUUCAGAAGAUGACUACUCUUUACAAAUGUCUUAAUUUUUGUCAAAAUUCUUGUCAAUUUUGUGUGUAAAGUUAAUGUUAUUAAGCUUCCUGUGUCCAACUGUAGAUUUACAAUAUGUGCCAAACAUCAUAUUAAUUAAUUCAUUAACUUUGUAUGAUUCCAUGUCCAUUCUUUCAUUGCAUGAAGCAAUACGGCAAAGAAAUACAGUGAAACUUGUAAUGAACAUAGACUUGCUAUACAGUAUGUAUUUUUCAAGUGACCAAUGGCCUUUAGUAAGACAAUAGAGUUGAUGGCACAAUAACGAGGUUUUGGAGUUAUGACUUAAUUGAAUAAUGUUAAAUAUUUGAAAAUAUUUUCAUAAUGAAUUGCUAAAGAGUUAACGCUUAACCCUUGUUAAGGGGUGCUAUAUGGAUGACUUAUGGAUGACUUAAGGAUUUAAGGAUGGUCUUAGCGUACACUGUUAGAAAGCCUUUGUCACUAACUAUAAAAUCUUCAUGUUUGUUUGACAGAGAAACAAUAAAAAAUAGUGGGGCCUCUGAGGCAAUGUUUCAGAAGACCCAGCUGUAGAAUCCAGGUAUUCAAUUGAAUGCAGUUGGUACAAUUCCAACUUUAACCAUGAAACCUUAGUUAAAUUAGAUUUUAAAAACCUCCGAGAAUUAUGAGCUCCAAACAGCUCAUAAAAAGGCAUUAUGUAAUCACUUUGUGUGGUCCAACAAAUGAAUUACUUCACGUAGCCUUACUUUAGCGAUAUGACCCUUCCUGAGCCUUCACGUCAGUUGCAAUGAACAUCAUCAAGGUGUUUACUCAUUUUAUUUAUUAUAAUAAUCUCCAUCUCAAUUUAUUUCAGUUUUUCAUCCCUUGAGGCAUGGGAUUAUUGAAACUGCCACUCAAUGCUACAGCUCAUUGCAAUCCACCCACUAUGACUUGUUUUUCUUCUACAACAGUGGCAUAAGGGCCUAAUUUGAGGUAGUAGACAACUUUAUUCUAUAAAAUCUCUGAAGCUGGCAAGAUAUUGGGUAUUGGAAAGCAAAUUGAGGGCAAUUUAUGUAACAUCAGAUGUGACUAAAAUAAAGCUUGUGAAUCAGGUUCUGUACAUUUCAAAAGCACAUUAUGAUGAUAUCAACAACAAUCAAUCAAUGGCUAUAGUGUGUACCAUCCACAAAUCACCUCAGUACAUGAAUCAACAUGUACUGGAUGUAUCUAACUGCAAGCUAAUAAAGACAAACAUAACUUGGG